GCUCGCCACCCCCUCUUGAGCACGGCCCUGCCGGUUUGGCGGGGUUAAAGGUUGCGAAGAUGGCGACGGCCUUGAGCGAGGAGGAGCUGGACAAUGAAGACUAUUACUCGUUGCUGAACGUGCGCAGGGAGGCCUCUUCUGAAGAGCUGAAAGCUGCCUACCGGAGGCUGUGUAUGCUUUACCACCCCGACAAGCACAGAGACCCAGAGCUCAAAUCACAAGCCGAAAGACUGUUUAACCUUGUUCACCAGGCUUAUGAAGUUCUUAGCGACCCCCAGACCAGGGCCAUCUACGACGUCUAUGGGAAGAGAGGACUUGAAAUGGAAGGCUGGGAGGUUGUGGAAAGGAGGAGAACACCAGCUGAGAUCAGAGAAGAGUUCGAGCGGCUGCAGAGAGAGAGGGAGGAGAGGAGACUGCAACAGCGGACGAACCCCAAGGGGACCAUCAGCGUCGGCAUCGAUGCCACCGACCUUUUUGAUCGCUACGAGGAAGAGUACGAAGAUGUGUCUGGAAGUGGUUUUCCGCAGAUUGAAAUUAACAAAAUGCACAUAUCCCAGUCCAUUGAGGCACCCUUGACAGCUACAGACACAGCCAUCCUGUCUGGAAGCCUCUCGACCCAGAAUGGGAAUGGAGGGGGUUCCUUCAACUUCGCCCUCAGACGAGUCACUUCUGCAAAGGGAUGGGGAGAGUUAGAGUUUGGAGCUGGGGAUCUGCAGGGACCUUUAUUUGGUCUAAAGCUGUUCCGUAAUCUCACACCAAGAUGCUUCGUGACGACAAACUGUGCUCUGCAGUUUUCGUCCCGAGGAGUCCGGCCUGGCCUGACCACCGUCCUAGCUCGGAACCUGGACAAGAACACCGUGGGCUACCUGCAGUGGCGGUGGGGCAUCCAGUCGGCCAUGAACACCAGCAUUGUCCGGGAUACCAAAAGCGGCCACUUCACUGUGGCCCUGCAGCUUGGAAUCCCUCACUCCUUUGCACUGAUCAGCUAUCAGCACAAAUUCCAGGAUGAUGACCAGACCCGCGUGAAAGGAUCCCUCAAGGCAGGCUUCUUUGGGACAGUGGUGGAGUACGGAGCAGAGCGGAAAAUCUCCAGGCACAGCGUCUUAGGGGCAGCCGUCAGCAUUGGAGUCCCUCAGGGUGUUUCUCUCAAAGUCAAGUUAAACAGGGCUAGUCAGACUUACUUCUUCCCCAUUCAUCUGACGGAUCAGCUUCUGCCCAGCGCUGUGUUCUAUGCCACCGUGGGGCCUCUCGUGGUCUACUUUGCUAUGCACCGUCUGAUCAUCAAACCAUACCUCAGGGCUCAAAAAGAGAAGGAAUUGGAAAAGCAGAGGGAAAGCACAGCUACUGACAUUCUGCAGAAGAAGCAAGAGGCAGAAGCUGCCGUUCGGUUGAUGCAGGAAUCUGUCCGAAGAAUAAUUGAGGCAGAAGAGUCCAGAAUGGGACUCAUCAUCGUCAACGCCUGGUACGGGAAAUUCGUCAACGACAAGAGCAGGAAGAGCGAGAAAGUGAAGGUGAUCGAUGUGACUGUGCCCCUGCAGUGCCUGGUGAAGGACUCGAAGCUUAUCCUCACGGAGGCCUCCAAGGCCGGGCUGCCUGGGUUCUAUGACCCGUGUGUGGGCGAGGACAAGAGCCUCAAGGUGCUGUACCAGUUCCGAGGUGCCCUGCACCAGGUGAUGGCGCAGGAUGGCGCGGCGCUGCGGAUACCAAAGCAGUCUCACAGGAUUGAUGCAGAUGGAUAAACUGGUUGAGAAACCAGAUUAAAAAGAGGCUACAGAAAAUCUUUUCCUGGGAGUCUACAAAUUUGGAAACAGGGAGAAAACCCAGACAUCAGAUGUGUUUAUUUUAUAUUAUUCCUGUCAGGUGGCACCCUGUAAUCAUGUGAGGGGUGCAGACACCUGUUCUCUCGGGUGCUGGGGGUAGGACCGAGGCAGCCCACUGGCACCAGAGCCACAGUGCAGGCCGGGCCUGCUUUCCCGAGGACCAUGUCCCUGGACGCAAGGGCCUUGGGCCCCCAGACGUUCUCCGGCACAUGUGCAGACGCGGCCACCCAGCGGCUCAAGGUCUGUCUUGAGGUAUUUAUGGAAUGUCCUGCCCUCAUACAUAGGACUGUGAACUGUUUUUCCUAAAAUCCACACUGAACCUGGAGAGCAAAAUGGAAGGCAGGAAGGCAGGAAGGCAUUCUCACGGGCGGAGGUCUCCAGGUCAAGUGAGCAACUGUUCGGUCAACUUCCCGAAAACCGCCUUUUCCUGCUGAAUUAUUACUAAGUGAAUCUGGAGAGGAUUGUGUGGGUCUAUAAAAAUCUGCUUUUUAUCUGACAACGAA